AUGCCGGAGUACCUGAUCAUGAUCUCAAAUCUGUUGGACUUAACAAAAUCUGCAGAAUUUACCAUAACAGAUGACUCUGGAGAUGAUUAUCAGUACAAAGAGGUUCCAGCGGAUGAUGAAUUUAGUCUGCAGGAAGAUGAUGAGGAUCUGUCAAAGGCUUUGCAGACUAUUCAAGAGCAGACUGAAGAUGCCCAAAUUUUAGCUUUGCAAUCAGUCCUGACUUCUGAGAAAUCGGUGUCUGAAAUACCUGAAGCAAUGGAUGACUUCUUCUGCAAUUUCCUGGUCAGAAUGGGAAUGUCCAGAACCCUUGACUGCUUCCAAACUGAAUGGUAUGAACUCAUACAGAGAGGUGUGUUCACAGCCAGAGAUGCUGGAUCAGUUCCAACUGUAUAUACCCACAACCAGCAACUUGAGGCUGAGAAUAUGCGUUUGAGGAAAGAUUUGGAAGACUAUAAACUUGCUGCAAACAAAGCAAAAGAGGCUUUCCUAAAAAUGCAGAAAGAACAUGACUUCCAUCGAAUGCAUCAUAAGCGAGUGGUCCAAGAGAAAAACAGGCUUAUUUGUGACAUUAAAAGGCUGAAGGCACAUUAUGCAUCAUAUGAACCAGUGCUGAAGCAGCUGACUGAAAAAUACCAGACUACGCUGAGGCAAAAAAUGUUAACUAGUUUGGAGAGAGACAGAGCAGUUGGGCAGGUUACAGGUUUGCAAGCAACAUUACAAAAUUUAGAAUCUGGAUGUGCUAUUCAGAUUCCUGUGACAAAAG